GUCCCGUCCGGCUUUCCGACGACGAUCACUGAGCUGACUGGCAGCUCGCAUGGCGGGGCCGUGCAGUGCUGAGGUCGGUAAAUUCGGAUGGCUUCGAGGUCUCCUCAUGCCUUCGUCACGAACAGCGUUGAUCCAGGCAACUGGCCUUCGUACUGUCCCCGCUUAUUCUAUGUUUGUUUUGGUGCAGUGGUAUUGGUUGAGAGGCGUCGCGAGACGUCUGAUGCUUUGCAGCGUCGGACGCUCGAACCAACGCCUGAUGUCGCCUCAUCAAUAUGGAAAUCUGGAGGACGAACUCCGUCGAUUCCAGAUCCGCUAGAUCCCCGCACCGCCACAAUUUCUCGUCUCACGCCAUCUGCGGCACUCUACCGACCUCAGCGCCCAAACCACGCUCUUGAGGCAGUUUCAGAUAGCGCGAGACUAACGGCAAUACUCAGAACUGGGAGUCAACGUAAAAUCAUAUUUCGACCUCAUCUGCCGGACAGAGACAGAAGCCAUUUCCACAUCAUCAUCGAUCGCAUGCAUUGCAGCCAGGAGCAACCCAUUCACCGCUAUGACCCACUAAAAAGCUAUCCCAGAAUGACACCGGAGGCACAGCUGAUGGAGCAUAUUGAUGGCUCGAAUCGCACGCAGCGGAUAGUCCGCACCGGCCCUUCCCAGUUGGGAUGUGACUGCGUCGCUGCGAAGCAGAGCCUGGCUUCCCAGUUACUGCCGGCGCAUGCAUAUCACCAAAAUUGGAUGCGCGAUUAACCUCACCGGGCGUCGGCAAUCGAAACGGACCGAAGCUUGUUUCAACCUCUAUGCCAGAAGCCCAAGGUGUUGCUGUAACCUGCCAAUCGAACCCGCUCCUUUGGAUACCCUCCUGUCGAACCUCCUUCCCUCCUAUCACGAACCAGGUAUCAACACAGCGUGCUAUCAGGCCGAU